AUGCCUGCCAAUCCCAAUUCGAACAACAAAGUUGCUAAACCAUUGUGUGUUAUUUGCAUGGACGAAGAAGCGGAUGGAGUGGUCUUACCAUGUGGUCAUCUCUGUGGUUGUGAGCCUUGCUUGAAGAUGUUGCUCAACAGUGGAGCCAAGUGUCCCAUUUGUCGUGCACACAUGAAAUCAGUUGUCAAAGUAUUCCAGAGUGGAGUUAUGGAAGAAGACAUGCAAGUGGAGCAAAAACAACCUGAGAUUGUACCUGCACAGGAUGAGGAUGAUGGAAAUUGGUCCUUGGCACAGCAAUCCUUGUCUAUUGCAUCUGCUGGUGCAUCUUUGUCCUCCGCUCGCCCUGCUCUCUCCAUGGCUCCAGCUGUCGAAUGGGUCAAUGAUCAAGUCCCUAUUCCAAUUGCCAUUUCCAUUGCUAUUCCAAACAUGGCUCAGCGUUCACAAGUGGAUAUUUGUUGUGUCAUUGAUGUGAGUGGCUCUAUGGGGGAAGAUGCCAAAUUCCAGGACCCGAACGAUGACUCCAAAUUUGUCAGUGAAGGUAUGAACCAACUGGACAUUGUCAAGCAUUCGGUCAAGGCAGUCAUUCACACAUUGACUGAUCAAGAUCGUCUCAGUUUAGUGACCUUUCAUGAUGAUGCGCGUUCGGUCUUUACGCUUUCUGAAAUGAAU